AUGUCAUAUGUGGGUCUAACUCUCCAAAAAAGUGCUCUCAGCAGCUAUCUUCCUUACUUCCAAGCUGCUGGGUUUGUUCAAAUCAUCUCAGCCUCGCCACUUGGUAAUGUUUUACUGACCACCCAAGGCCCUCCGGAUUGGCAGCCAGCUCCCCAAGCUCUCUGCCAAGUGAUCAAGGAGGUCGUCAAAUCUAUUCAGACGACCCAUCAUCUGUCCAUCGAACGCAUCUCCCUUCUCUACUCCAUGUACUUCCCCCACACCGUGAUCGGAUUCUCGUCUGUUGACAAAGUCAAAGCGGCCUUUGAGGUUCUUGGAGAAAUCCAGAACCCAAAGGACGCUUCAAGUAUCUCAUCAGCUCAGGCUUCAGUACAAGAUGCAUUGAAAAGCUCUGGAUAUUUGAAUUGGUCUUGGCCUUUGCCAUCCGACUAG